AUGACAACGAGCUCGGAAAAGCUGACGCCUGAGACGAGACGAGUUGGACGAGUUGGCGCAGCGAGGUGGUCCAUGUUUUUGGCACCAAAAUGUCAAGUGGACAACAGCCCAAGCUGUUUGGCAUCGCUACCGGCGCCUCGCUUGGCCCCGCGCGUUUUCGCAGAGCGCUUCUUCAGUAGCGUCUACCGAUACUUCAAGACCAUCUUGCAGGUGUCGUGGUAUCCUCGCAACUUGCUGGCCACUAAAGGUGAGGAUGGUGACGUGGACCAGCAGGAUUAUUUCGAUGUUGCAUUGGCCGCCAUUUUUGGCUAUGAUACAGACUUCUUCGAGGAGUGCUUUCCUGGCUUGAUCUUCACAGUCUUUCAGAGAUGGGUUCUACGUGUGAAUGAGUGUGUUCGGGAUGCCUCCGGGGACUCCAACAAUGAAACGAACCAGUCAGGGCAGUCAGGGCAAUCUGGAGACGAGGAGAUGAAGGCUGUGGCUUUUCAGGAUUCAGUCGUUAAGCCAGCUCCGUCUUCAGCCAUAGAGAUUGCUGAGACAGCUGUGCAUCAUUCCAGACCUUCAAGGGAAGCUCCAGCUGGUCUUUAUCUUGAUCCCUGCCUCUUCUAUUCAUACACAGCUGGUUGUGCCAAGGGGGAGGAAUGUGAAUAUUCACAUUCAAUCCAUGCAGAUCAGGUUGCCGUGCCCGAGGCGAAACGGCGUGGCCAAGCACGGUUUCGCAUCAAGAAGCGGCUGAACCAACAUUUUGCCGCACAGAGUCUCUACGAAGUGCACCAAGAGCUUCAGCAGGUGAUGACAACGAGCUCGGAAAAGCUGACGCCUGAGACGAGACGAGUUGGACGAGUUGGCGCAGCGAGGUGGUCCAUUGACCCGGCUGGGCGAUCACCAGGAACGAAACUUUGGGUUGAUGGACAUUUGCCAAGUGGUCGAGUGUUGACUGGCAUUGGUUUCAAAGUGACUUCCCUUUCCCCGCCAACCAUGACUGUGGACCACCACACGUGGGUACAUGUGCUUCCAGAUAGCACCUUUGCUGACCCCAGCCGUGUGAUUGAGGUGUGUGCAGGGUUGGGGGGUUUUUCCAAAGAGGCCUCCAGAGCGGGUUUCUCAAUGCUCUGUGGGGUGGACAUGAACAAGGUUUGGAAGCCUUUGUUUGAGGCAUUGCAUGCAGGGGCCCAGUUGAUCGUAGGUGACUUGAAUGAGGUGCAGGUUGCCUCAGCACUAGCUGCCAAAGGGGGUUUCUUUUCCACAAUGUUGGCCGGAGUGGCGUGUCAGCCCCAUUCCCUUUUAGGGGAUCGCAGAGGAAUGGCAGAUGCAAGAGCUUCUUCAUUGCCACGUGCUUUGAGUUUGGCAUGGACCUUGCAAUGUUCCUUGUUGGUCUUGGAAUGUGUGCCAGAAAUCCAGGGUGACCUUGAGGUUCAACAGCUUUUGCGUCAGUUUGCAUUGGCCACAGGCUAUCGCAUCUCUCAGCAAGUGAUUAGCCUCCAGCAUGGGUGGUGUACCAAGCGUGCUCGUUGGUUCUGCGUUUUGGCUGCUCCGCUGCUUGGCCUGUGUGAGUUGAAAGAUUUGCCAGUUAGCAACAGUCACCAGCAUGUGCAAGAUGUCAUGCCAGGCAUCCGUAAUUGGCCACCAGAAGAUCAUGCCCAGAUUGACUUGAACUUGUAUGAGUUGUCGAAGUUUCAUGCUUAUGCUGCUGGUGGCAUUGAGAGCUUGUACUUGCAUCCUCAAGAGAUGUGGGCAUUGAUGGGUGGCGUGCCAGGCAUUGAUGUUGGCUGCAAUUUGAGACUUGCCAUGGCAGGGAUUGGGCAGGCAGUAUCUCCAUUGGUGGGGGUGUGGGUUCUGAGCCAGCUCCGUCGUCACUUCGAUGUCUUUUUUGGGAUUGUUCCGCAGUGUGACCCAGAGCAGGUUUUGGCAGGGUACAUGUCUGACCUUGUGACCACAUGCCAGCGGCGGUGGCCUUCACCCAUUCCACCAACAGUGCCUGCUACAGGUGAUCAGGAAGACCCCAUUGAAGAAGACCAGCCGCACAUUCAGGUUCAUGUCAGAUGGUUGACUGAAACAGCUGCACCCAUAGCCAUUUCUUGUCCAUCAGGCACCACUGGUCAUGAGUUGUUGGAAGCUGAGCAGGUCUUGACGGGUGCGGCAGCUGAGCUCAUGAUGUGGUCCAGUGCACAGGCGUUGGAUUUGAGCCUGCCAUUGCAACAGGGAGCAGAGAUCGGGAUUGCCCCCAAGGGUUUUGCCAAUGGUCCCAAAGCGGAGGUAGCGGUUCCCUGUUGUUUGUCACCUCAGGAUGUGUUAGCUGAAUGCCAUGAAGAGCCAGGUCAUGACUGGAAUGUCUAUGCAGUGUCGUCCCUUGCACAGCUGACAAUCAAACGGGAGUCCCACAUGUCCAAGAUUGAGCGUGAAGCCAUCCUUUGUCUUCAAGGGCCAGUAUGGGGGGAUGAUGAGCUGCUUGCUGGGUUUCAGCACAUUGCACUGCACACCGACAAAGACCAGCAUGUUCAUGUGUGGGACCCGUUGUUGGUUACUGGGCUUACCAUCACACCGGAUGGAGCCACUUGGGCUCAACUGUGUGCUUCUUUGGGUUCUGUUGCCACUGUCAUCACAGCUGCCAUGGUUGACAAACAUUGGUACCCUUUGGUUUGGCGCAUGGAUGAUGAACUUGUCAUGUUGUUUACAUGUGGUGUCGUGCCUGCACACGUGGAAGUCUUUGAGGGAUUGGCCAAGAUGGUGGGGCUGCGUCGUGGGGUUGAUGGACUUUGGAACAACAAGCUGGUACCUUUUGUUUUGGGGGGUCACUGUGGGGCCUUGGCUUUGACUUUUGCCCGACACCUGCUGUGGGGGGAGGCCUUCCCCACCACUUUCGACCAGUUGGAGAAACAAGCUGGACAGCUGCGUCGGUGUUUUGCAGCAGAGUUGGGUGAGAUGUGCAUUCGACCUCAGCUGGCAGCCCUUGGACUUUCCGUGGCUGACCAGCUAGCAACUGUGCUCUGUGAUCAUGGAGCAGAACCCAGUGAGAGCAUGCAGCGUGCCAAGGAUGUCAUCCAACACUUAGGUGAGGAUUCUGUCAACUCAGCACUGCAAGUUCCCAAUGUUUGGAGAGAGCUCAAGCGGCUUGCAAACCAACAACGGCCUCCACUUGUACUGAUUCGACCGUCAGAGCUGCAGAGGGCCAUUGAAAAGCGAGGAGGAACCUAUCAGGUGGGUAGUAAGAGGCAGAAGAAAACAAAAGGGAAUGGCAAGGGGAAAACUGUGCAAUCCAUUUUGGACCCGACACUGUUGCGUUUGGAAGCAGGGCUUUUUCAAGACUCCCAGGGUCAUGCACUGGCUCAGCUUGCUUUGGCUCAAAUUGGUCCUCAGGCUUCAGGGGUUGUGUUGCUGAACCAAGUGAUGGCAGAGCCAUACCUCAAAGCAGGCACAUGCAUGUCGGCAGGGUCGCUUGGCCUUUUUGUUGUUGAUAGCACAGUUCCAGUUGUCACAACCCUGGCAGUUUCAUCAGUCCGUGUCCCUUUGUUGUGCACAGCAAAUGGAGAGCCAGUUUUGGUGGAUGGACUUUUGUAUCAGCUAGGUGCUCUGUCGGUUCAGAGGGCACCACCUACCAUCGGAUGCGAAAUCCAAGCAGUUGCCUUCAGUGGAUUUGAUGGGGUGUUUUUGGAGCCGAGAUCACUUGACGGCAAGAAGCCUUCCGACCAGUUUCAGGUCAUUUGGAUGCCCAAAGCCGAUCUCACACAGCUCAUGAUGCAGCGACAGUCGCUGCCAGCCAUUUGUGGCCUUGCACGAAUGGGCAACAAGCUGGGCCUUCGCUGUUUGGUGAGUGACGUAGCCCAGGUGUACGCCAAGGUCAAACCAGGCCAGAUUUACUUACCUGCUGGAAGCAAGUGUUCGUACCUGGUAGGACCUUUUCCUUUUGGAACGCUGAAAGCAUCGGUUGCUCAUGCACUUGCGUCUUGUGGAUGGGUUGCCAGACCUAUUCAACCUGUUGGCACACAUGACCAAGUUCAGGGUUUGCUUUUCAGGGUUCAUGCAGUUCAGUCGCCUCCAGCGAAAGUGUUGCACAUGCAGCAUGGAGAUGUUGUGGUCACACAGGAAGGGUCUCCUCCAGCCAACAUGCCUGCAGCUCCCCGGGUGCUUGCCUCCCCAGCCAUGGUCACCAAGGGUCAAGAAAUUGACCAUUUGCAGCUCAAUGAUCCCUGGGCCCCAGCUGUCAAACAUGCCAAAGUUGGUCCGGUGCCCAUCCCCAUUGGGAACCCCCUUGAGGAUAUGGAACAUAGGGUGGUGCAGGCAGUCAUGGCUCAGCUGCCUCCAAAGGGCAUGGACAUCGACCCAGAGGAAGGGCAACAUGCCCGUGUCGCCAAGUUGGAACAACAGAUGCAAGAGCUGCAGCACAACACAGCACAAUUGGGGCAUACCCUGCAGCAACAGCAUGGAGAGCACACACAGCAGCUCCAGGAAGUGCACAGCCAAUUGCAACAGCAGCACAAGCACUUUGAUGCGGCCAUCCAGGCGCAGGCAGGACAGAUCCAAGGUUUUCAGGAUAGCUUUCAAGAGCAAUUCCGGCAACAGGUGGUGCAUCAACAGAACAUGUUGGACGGAAUGUUUCAGAAGCAGAUGCAUCAGUUUGAGAGUUUGCUUUCCAAGCGAGCUCGCCAAGAGCUCUUGGCCAUAUGGAUUGCCGGCCUCUCAUGGGUAGGGGCGUUGUGGGGUGAGUCAGACAGGUUGAGUCGAAGACAAGCAGGGACAUUAGAUGUCUUGCCAGCACACAAGCGCGCAGCUCCAGGUCAGCAGCGUGAAGUUUGCCCUGAUGGAAUCUCAGCAGUUUUGGUUGGUGUAAGUGUUCGGUGGUUUCACACAUGGAUUUUGGGGAUGAGCCUCGUUGGACUUUCUCACAGGCUCUUGGCCAUAUGGAUUGCUGGCCUCUCUUGGGUAGGGGCGUGGUUGGGUGAGUCUGACAAGUUGGGUCGACAGCAGGCAGGUACAUUUGAGGUCUUGUCGUCACACAAGUGCGCAGCUCCAGGUCAGCAGCGUGUCAGUUGCCUUGAUGGAAUUUCAGCAGUUUUGGUCGGUGCCGGGUUCCGGUGGUUUCACAUUUUUUGUCACAUUUUUGCAGUUUUGGGAUCCCUGGUCCUCCCUGUCAGUACUAGUGUAGGAGCCAGUCCAAUGCAGGUGAAAAGCCAGCCAGGGGUCCGCAAGGUCGCUCGUCAUUUGCCAGGUCAUAGCUGGUCCACCAUGCGCCGCAGGGGUGGGUUCCAAUGGCUUUUGUGGGUGCUGGUGUGGUGUGGACUUAGUCGUAUAGGUGAAGCGGCUCAUCCUGGACCAAACACUGGGUCACAAACUUGGAGUUUUGGAAUUGCCAAUCCGUCCGGGCUUAACUCUAAAGUUGAUCAGGUGGCACAUCAGGAGGGUCAGGCAUGGGUUUUUUCAGAGACACAACUUUCCAAGCAGGGUUUUUGGUCUUUCCGCGAAGGAAUGCAGUGCCUUCAGACCAAAUGGAAGUACCUGGUCCCAGGGGCCCCAUGUCCACCACGCAGGAAUGGUCAAGCAGGGAACCAUUCAGGGGUCCUGUUGUGUUCUCAGUACCCAGCACGAGCACUUCCUAAUGGUUUUGACUCUGACAGUUUUGCUACCGGCCGCAUUCAAGUGGCAGGGAUGAUGGUUGAUUCGAUAUGGGUCACCAUAGGUAUGCUGUAUGGGGUUCCGUGCAAUGCUACCCAUCAGUUUGCCAGAUACCAGACGGAAACCUAUUUGGCUGAGCUGGUAGAGAGGGUGGGGUUUCAAACAGCGGGACCCCGUAUCAUUUGCGGGGAUUUCAACUAUGCAGUGCACGAGCUUAGCCAGUUGCAACGCCUUACAGACUGUGGUUUCCGUGAAGUCCAGGAUCUCUGGGCAUGGCGCCAAGGGGUUUCAGUGAGCCCUACGGGGCGUGGGUCGAAGCGAAUUGACCACAUGUGGAUUUCACCUGAACUUCAGGGCUUGUUGCAGCGUGUACACAUAGCCUGGGACAAAUGGGCAGAUCAUGCCACAGUUGAGGCCACCUUUGGUUGUCAAGGACUCCGCCAGGUUAGUCAAGUUUGGGCUCAGCCUUUGCCUUUUCCAUGGCCAACCAACUGGGAUUGUCAAGUGGAUUUUGCCAGAGAUGAUGAUCCUACUAUAGCUUAUGCCAAGGUGUGGAGGCAGCUUGAGACACAAGCCCGGAGCAGGCAAGCUCAACAAGGUUGUCAUGUCACCAGAGCACAAUGUGGGCGGGCCCAAACCCUUCAACCUACAGCCAGACCAUGGCAGGGUUCACCAGUUAAGAAAGCCAGACAUGGGGAACUUCAGCCUACCUACUAUGGCAUAAGUUUGCAACAUGCUCGUUUUUUCAAACAAUUGCGCAGGUUGCAAGCGCUUUCCCAGCAGCUUGCCCAAGGGCUGCAGACAUGGAAUGCACAGCUCAAUGCUCAAGAGACGUGGAAAGCCAUCCGCAAGGCAUCUGGAUUUCCUGGGGGUUUUGGGGCUUGGUGGGCGGAGCAUGGACUUGGAUUUGCUCGGCCUACCUCCCCGGUUUUGCCAUUCUUUUUGCCUGGCCUGGGGUUUGUCCAAGAGUUGUUUCAGGGUUUCCAAGCCUUUGUCAAGCACUUUGAAGCCAAAUUAGCAAAGCAACGCUACCAGUUUGGCAAGCAGCGUAGGAUGGCGGACAUGAAUGUAGUUUUCCAAGACUGCAAAUCGACACCGCCGCCUGCGGUGGAAACGUUGCUUGACCGUAUCUCCGUAGGGAUAGAAGAGGUCAGACCUGAGGACAGUUCAGUUGUCUUGGUGAGUCCCACAGUUUUGUUGCCUGGUUUGCCGGUCGUUGUCCAAGGGCGGGCUAUGGAGGUUGUUGCGCAUGACCAUGAUCAGGUUUGGGUUGACUCAGUGGAUGGGCUUGAGGCAGGACAAGUGCUUACCCAAGAAAAGGUCAUCAUGACUGAUGAUGACAUUUUGUUGCGCUUCAGGGAUGCAUGGGAACCAAGAUGGAAUAAACAGGCUCAUGUUUUGCCAGGGCAAUGGGAUCAAAUCUGUGGAUUUGUUGAACGUGUGUUGCCUAGGGUGAGUUGGCCUAUUUCCCCUUGGACCCCAGACCGUUUUGGUUCCUUGGUUCAACAAAAGAAGAGCGAAGCUGCAAAAGGGCCAGAUGGAGUCGCCUGCGGUUUUGUAGCGAGCCUUGCAAAGACUCCGCAGGCACAGACGGUGGAGGAAUACAGACCAGUGACGGUCUACAGCCUGCUUUAUCGCAUUUGGUCGUCAGCUAGAGCCAAGGAGGCCUUGCAAGUUUUGGCGGGGUUGGUUCCACAGAGUGUCCAAGGGGGGUUACCGGCGAGGCAGGCCAGGUCAGUUUGGUACACAACUGCUCAGUUCUUGGAAUCAGCACUGGUGGAUAAUGUCCCCUUGCAUGGCAUUUUGAUGGACAUACGCAAGUGUUUCAAUGCCAUUCCUCGUUUUCCGUUGUGGUGUGCCCUUCAGGUCUUGGGUUUUCCCAUGGGGGUUUUGCGUGCAUGGGUGGCCUUUGUUGCGGGUCAAACUCGUCGCUUCAAGGUUAGGAUGUCUACAGGAGAACCAGUGCACUCCAACUGUGGGCUGCCGGAGGGCUGUGCCUUGUCGGUCUUUGGAAUGGUUGUCAUCGAUUGGAUUUUGGACUUAUGGUUGCAGGCCACACAGCCAGGCGUUGGACUUCAUGCCUUUAUCGAUGACUGGGGGGUUCUCUUUUCCUCUCAAGAGCAAUUCCAUGGGGUUUGGCAAUCAGGUUUGGACUUUACAUCCGCCCUUGACCUUGAGUUGGACUUUCGCAAGACCAAGGUUUGGAGUACUGAAGGUGUUGCCAGGAGAGCCUAUCGGGCCCAUGCUUUUCAGGUCACCCUCGCUGCCAGGAACCUAGGUGCACACCAGAACUUUUCCCGACACUCUUGGAAUGCUACUUUGCGUGCACGGUUGCAGGGCAUGCCAGAUGUCUGGACCAAGCUUAAAGCCAGUUUGUCUCCCUACAAGGUUAAGUUGCAGGCUGUUCGAAUGUUGGCAUGGCCUCGUGCGUUGCAUGGUAUCUCUGUGGUCCACCUUGGCGCUACCCACUUCAAACAACUGAGGACAGGGGUGGUUCGUGCAGUUCAGGCAGAACGAAAGGGAGCAAACCCCAUGUUGCAUUUGGCCUGUCACAACUUAGUCACAGAUCCUGAAGCGUGGGCUAUCACCCAAACCCUGAGAGACGCCCGGGAACUUGGAGGUUUUGAAAAGGUAGACGCCAUGUUGGCUCUGUUUGCGGCCCCGGACUUGGAUUUGCCGUCCAAUGGCCUUACAGCAGUGCUGCUUGCACGCAUGCAACGGUUGGGAUGGGCGGUGAGUACCUCUGGUCUGGUUCAAGAUCGGUACGGCAGUUUCAGUGUGGUGCAACUUCCAUGGGAUGAACUGUUCUUACGGGUCUCUUUGUCAUGGGGCACUGUGUUGGGCAUGGAGGUUGCACAUAGGGAGUCCUUCCAGGGCAUUGAACUUGCAGAUGUCCAGGCAGUGCAGGCAGCUCUUGCUGGUUUCGGCACGGCCGAUCAAGUCUAUCUGCGGUGUCAUUUGGAUGGCACGUUGUAUACGCAAAAUGGGAGGGCCCAUUUCAAAGCUGAAGCUGAUGGCACCUGCCCCUGGUGUGAGCAAAAGGUUGAUGUCUUUGUUGAUGGUACAGCAGCCAAGCCACGAGAACCUCGUUUGCGGUAUGCAGCCUGGGCAGUUACGUUGGCAGAGGCAGGUAGUCUGACCAACACCUUGCUCUUGGGUGGUCAUGUACAGGGUCUGUGUCAGACUCCAUUCAGGGCUGAGUUGACAGCAGUUUUUUGGGCACUUCACUGGGCACGGCAGAUGAACAAACAGGUGCGCAUCUGGACCGACUGCUUAGGGGUGUUGCGAGGUCUUCAACGGAUCUUGCGAGGUCAGCCAGUGCGAAUCAAUCGGGCGCAUUCAGAUCUAUGGCUCAAGAUACAGUCGCUGUUUGAGGAUUGGACGGUUGAGGCAGUUCAGGUGAUCAAGGUCGUGUCACACUGCGACAUAUCCAAAGCUGAGUCACCGGUGGAGGAGUGGGCGUUUUGGCACAAUGAACUUACUGAUCGAGCGGCCUCGCAAAUCAAUGAGACCAGAGAGAAAGCCUUUUGGGAUAUUUGGGAAGGGUUGGCAGUGGCAUUGGAAAAGCAUCGGCAACUGCAUCGAGCUAUUCUGCUUGUCCUGCUCAACUCAGGUCGCAAAGCCCACAUGGCGGAACAGCAGCAAGGUAAGAUGCCCAGUCCGGCUCCUAGAUCACAACCUACACUGCAGGUGCCUAUGCCAGUAGCACCCGCUACCUGGCGUUUUCCAGACAAAAUGGUGCGCAGGUAUGGAGAAGUCAACACCAGGAUGAUGUACCAAUGGUGGAGUGCCGUAGGUACAGCCUAUUUGGAGGGCCCUGCACCAUUGGCCAUGAUCAGUGGCUUGCAGCUUUUCUGGGAUUUUUACCAAGUUACGAAGUACCCAGGGCCUUGGGUUUACAGAAAGCGCUGGUAUGCUCAGGAGCAAGAGGUUCCACUUCAGGGUCAACUUUCCUGGGGGCAUCGCAUCAAACCGUUUUUGUUGCUUUGGAAGGCUUUUUUGGGUCAUCACAGUAUCAAGGUUCCUCAAAAGAUGGCUAAGCCCCAUGCUGUUGCUAUUUCCCAUUGGGUUGUUUGCUAUCGGUUGCGGAUGCCUCCAGAGAAGCUGGCAGAGUGCGAUGCUGCCAUAUUUGAGCAGUUGCACCGCCAAGCGGCGACGGCAGCUGAUUUCCAGCUGAUUGAGCCGGCAAGGACCGGUAGCGUCUACGAAUACUUCUUGAACAUCUUGCAGGUGUCGUGGUAUGCUCCAGGCAACUUGUUGGCCACUAAAGGUGAGGAUGGUGACGUGGACCGGCAGGAUUAUUUCGAUGUUGCAUUGGCCGCCAUUUUUUUCUAUGAUACAGACUUCUUCGAGGAGUGCUUUCCUGGCUUGAUCUUCACAGUCUUUCAGAGAUGGGUUCUACGUGUGAAUGAGUGUGUUCGGGAUGUCUCCGGGGACUCCAACAAAGAAACGAACCAGUCAGGGCAGUCGGGGCAAUCUGGAGACGAGGAGAUGAAGGCUGUGGCGUUUCAGGAUUCAGUGGUUAAGUCAGCUCCGUCUUCAGCCAUGGAGAUUGCUGAGACAGCUGUGCAUCAUUCCAGACCUUCAAGGGAAGCUCCAGCUGGUCUUUAUCUUGAUCCCUGCCUCUUCUAUUCAUACACAGCUGGUUGUGCCAAGGGGGAGGAAUGUGAAUAUUCACAUUCAAUCCAUGCAGAUCAGGUUGCCGUGCCCGAGGCGAAACGGCGUGGCCAAGCACGGCUUCGCAUCAAGAAGCGGCUGAACCAACAUUUUGCCGCACAGAGUCUCUACGAAGUGCACCAAGAGCUUCAGCAGGAAGCGCGCCAAGGCUCCUAUGCCAAACACCUGAUCCGAAGGCAUCUGACGGGGAUCGAUUCAUCCACAUCUGCCAGAUUGGCCACAUCGGGCGCAUCGGUCGCAUCGGGCGCAUCGGCCGCAUCGGCCGCAUCGAGCGCAUCGGCCGCAUCGGGCGCAUUGGCAUCGACAUGA